AUGCCAUUCUCGAGGACGAGGACUGGUUGUUAUACUUGUAGAGAGGAUGGCUAUAAGUGUGAUGAGCAAAAGCCAUUUUGUGGGAGAUGUAUUCGUCUCCAGAAGACAUGCAAAGGAUAUGGAGUCAGACUUAAAUGGCAGCCCCUUCAGGGGUUAUCAAAAUCGAAGCGGGCCAGAAACACACGGCAACAGAAGGAAUAUUCAAACGAUGAGACGACCCCGACAUUAUCUACGACCCGGUAUCGACUCGUUGCUGUUUCCGCCCUACGGCAAACGAUUCAAAAUGAAGAUCCGGAGCUGUCACUUGCCACCAUUCUAAUGCUCCAAGUCUCAGAUAGACUCUUCACCGUGGAUUCCGGGGUCGAUCAUCUAUCCGGGGCGAAAGCCAUUAUUAAUCAGGCCGGCAUCAAUAAAUGGAACAGCUCUAGGGCUUCAUUCCUCCUUAGUCUUUGUUCCUAUCACGACAUAUUGGCCUCUGUUUCUCGGGGGAAAAGUCCAGUUUUUGAAUUCGACGGAGAGUUUCCAAUCGAGGGUAUGGAAUCUAUGAAGGAACUUACUUCCGUACUGCGAAUUGUUGGACAGAUUAGUAGGAUGCGGGACCAAGAUGCGAAACACCUUGAUGCAUGGGGUUACGCCAUUGAAGAAAUUCUCAAUGAACUCGACCAGUCUGAGGGCACGAUGGGAGAUGUGGAACAUACUGUACAGGCAUACAGAUAUGCUGCGUACAUCUAUCUAUACCGGGUUUGGCAUAACAAAGGCGCACCAGAUCCAUCUGCGUUAAAGUAUGCUCGAAGCUGCUUGGCUCAUCUUAGCCUUGUUGCAGUUGGCUCACCUCUCGUAUCAGCCCAGGUUUGGCCACUCUGGACUGCCGGCUGCGAAUCCAUCGACGUUGACCAGCGUCAAUUUGUACUAGAUAGGAUUGAUGCUAUGUAUGAAGCUCGCCACCUUCCCUCGCUCCGAAGGAUUAAACAAGACAUUGUGGAUGUCUGGAAUAUUAAAGACGAGCAACGAAACUUGAUCGGAGUCGAUAACGUAGACUGCAUCAAAGCUAUAUUACGAAGUCGACAAAGAGAGGCCGACCUUACUUGA